GGGAAAAUACUGCCAGUUUGUCGCCGGCCCAUCAUCCAUACCCAUCAUCUCGGGAUCGUCUCCCGGGAGAAACAGCACCGCAACUCUUUUCCAUUCUUUCGCGGUUCCUUCGUCCGUACAUCAAUGGACCUCCCCCGCUCCCCCGUCCGCUUCACUGAAAUUGCCUUCUCGAGUAAUUCUGCUUCUUCUCCCCGUUGCUCCUUCUUCAGCUCAAAAUUCCAGGCUUCACGGCGAUUCUUAUGAUUCCGUUCAUGUGAAGUUCAUCUCAAAAUCCUCGAGCUCUUGUUUGCGACGUUUGGUUGCUGGGAAAACUGAAUCGAGUAACUCCAUCGUGGUUUCUUAGUUCAGAAAUUGCUAGCUCUCUGUGAUUUUAUGCUGGACUGAAGAAUUUUAGUUAGGCGAAUUAGUGGAGGGAGGGGGGAAAAUGGGGUUUGAAGAGUUCGAAUCCAUUUUCGGCGAACCGAGAGCAGAAUGGGGCAAGAGCUCCGACCUCGGCCGUUCCGCUCCCCUCCGGAGAUUCUUGAUGCAUGUGUUUGCUCCAGACUACUAUCACCUUAAGAUUCAAGCAAGCGAUUACAACUCCAACACUUUUGAAGCGAAUAAGUCCAUUUCCCAGCUGGAAGACUUGCAAGAUAGCAUCGGAAUUGGUGGCUCAUGGUCUGAGUUUGUGGACUACUUUGUAUCUUCACUUAAAUCUGAAGAUAUCAAGCUUGUGCUGGAGAAGCAAUCGGGUGGUUAUGGUGAUGCAUCUGCAAGAUUGGUUUCUCAGAAAACAAAAGGAAUGCCUUUGAUCUCCAUUUCUCUCAGGAGGGUUUUAGACGGUGAUGCAAAUGAUGUCAUGGCAGAUAUCUCUUUUGGGCUCUUCAAGGCACUCAAGCGUUCACCAAAGAUGAUGGUACAAGGGGAAGGGUAUUCUUCGCAGUUGAUGAAAGGAGCAGCAACAGAUGAGCAAAACAACCAAAUCCAGAGUCAAUUGGAGAAGAGGCAGAAACUGGGAAAUAUGGAUGCUUUCAACAAAGGUGUUUCCAGCAAUGGGUCACAUAAUUUGCCUGACAAGGAACCAGCUCGAGCGACUGGAACACCAAAGAAAGCCAUCAAUCGUGUCGUGCCAGCACAUCGCAGGACAAGAGUAAGGGGUGCUCGUAUAGGCGAUGCUGAAGAUGAUGACGCAGAAAUUUGAAAUAGCAACCAGAGGAUUAAAAGAGUAAUAACUCCUAACUAAACUGUAUCAGACAGCUGCAGGUUUUGAAUGUUAGUUUUUGUACAAAAGAAAUUCUUGGAUUGCAGGCAAUAUAAAUUGUAGGCUUCCGUUGUCUCUAUUUAAUCCAAAUUGUACUUUUCCUAUCUUUUCAUUGUUGGAAUAUCUAUCCUGUUGCCUAGAACUACUCGGAUUCUCCCGUCCCUUUGGUGUCUCGUUCAAAUCAAUGGAUUCUACUUGAAGCAAUAUGAUUGGGCAUAACGAUUGCCAGUGACAAGGGUGGAGUAGGGAUGAGAAUUUUGCCGAUUUGAUCAAAAUUUUACCCACCAUCUGAACCCGACUACCGACUUAUGAGAGAAAGAAGUGAGUUGGAACGCUCAAAGGUCUCGCAACAUCCAACUUUCCGAAAGAUAACUCAAAACACUAAUACCUGAUGCACUCACCCAAAAAAUUACUCCUCAAUUGUUUACGGUAUCCAUCCCCAAACCGAUCACAACGAGAAACUCCGGUGUAGUAGGGUCGAGCGCGAGACCAGCCGCCUUCUUUUCGACAGUGAAGACACUGAAGAACAGAUCCUGCAAAACCCUAAUCGACAAACUGACCAGCCAAGUGAAAAGCAAAGAGUUUGAUGUUUGUUUCUCGGCUUAUUGUAACAGAACUAGCUUAUUACCCGGCCCGUUGGCCGGAUUACUGUAUGUUACCCACUUGUGGAAUGGGAGAGAAAGCAAGUGAGAGUGAAGGGAUUGUGAUUCCACUUGAUUAGAACCGACCCACUAAUCUGAUUCUUCCCGACCCGCCCCAACCUAAAGGGUCAGAAAGAGUCAAUAAGAAAAUACGAACAGAGAGAAUUAGUAAUAUAUCUUGACUCUUCAGAAGUGGGUCAAACAGGAUCAAUGUUGGGUGAGGGCAAUUUUUAGCGCUAAGCAGAGUUCUGGGUUGAAUAACUUUACUUAGUCCUAGAAAUUGGUGCUGAUGCUGACUGCAGUUUUUAUCAUACCAUCAUCAAUCAUCGUUGAAUUAGUCCUAGGCAUCCCUCCCCGUUGUCGGUCUGAAUUUUAAUGAUGGCUUCAUUCCUUGCACCAGCCAUAUCGGCGAGUUGUCAUCUCGAGCAUGAUUUGCCUAUGUACAAAUGAUACAAUUAGAGUAUGAAACUGAUAUCAAAGAAAAGGAAAAGAGAAUUCUAUCACAUGCCAAUAAAUACACACAUAAUAGUUGAAGCUAAGUGAAAGUCAUUACUCGCACAUCAAUUCUCAAAAAUUACAGACUAAACAAUGGCUAGAAUGGCAUUGAAACUACCAAAAAUCAUGGACGAAACAACUUGUCAAAUUAAAUAAUCCUUAUACUGAAACUACCUUCUAACUUGAAAUAAUACAUGAUCACAGUUCAUAGCACUCUUAUCACUAUGAAUUGGUUGCAGCUCGUCCUUAUCACUACCUCCCAAGCUCAAUUCAAACAGAAUAGACACAGUUAUGUAAG